AUGGCCGACGCGCCAGUGGUGGACAAACCCAGCCGACAAGCAGAACUAGUCGGAAUGACUGUCUUCCUGACGACUUUCUCUACAUUAUUCGUCGCUGGCCGCUUGUAUACCCGAGUUUUCUCAUCGAGAUCGUUUGGAUGGGACGAUGUCUUCAUCGGCCUUGCGGCUUUGACGAGCUGUGCUAGCGAAGGCCUCACAAUCGCCCAAAUGAAAAAGGGACUCGGCCUCACGAUAUCGCAGGUCAAAUUAGCCGAUCUCGUGCCAUUGCUCAAGUAUACCCAGUUCGCUAUCUUCUUGAACGGCAUUGGAAUGUGUUUCAUGAAAGUCGGCAUCGGACUCUCCCUCCUUCGCCUCAGUCUGAGCAAGACGUUCAACUACGCUGUCAUGGGCUGUAUAGUCCUCAGCUUGCUGGUCAACCUCAUUGUCUUCCCAGGGGUUUUUGCGCAGUGUCAACCUAUGAACAAACUGUGGAAUCCAAGUAUUGAGGGCACAUGCUGGCCGAAACGAGCCAGUCUGGCGUUUUCGUACACGCAAACAGUGGGAAACAUUGUGACCGAUUUCGCCUUCACUUUUGGGCCCUUGUUCUACCUUGCCAAGGUCAAGGUUUCUCACUACAACAGAUGGGCGCUUCGCGGUAUCUUCCUUAUCGGUUUGCUGGCUACUGCUUGUGCCAUUGCGAAGGCAACACAGCUUCCAAAAAACCAGAAUUCAAAGGAUCCUACUUACGACACUGUCGACUUGACGAUCUUGGUCGUCGCCGAGCUCUCGGCUGGUCUCCUCGCUGCCGCUCUUCCUCCUCUCAAAACCACUUUCGAACGCAUCCUGGUGCGUGUCUUUCGCGUGCACUCAGGUCUCACGACCCCAUCUGCCACACGGUCAAAGGGACACAGCUAUAACAACAGCCGGACCCUGCGCUCAUCUCGCCGUCCGCCGCCCGGGAGUGCCAUGGGCACUGGGUUCGAGUUUGAAGACGACAUGCCGCACAGUACUACGGUGUAUGUGAUGGGAGACAUGAGAAAAAUCAAGAAGAAGCGAGAGGACGAUGCCAUGAGCGUCGAAGAUGAUCAAAAACAUAUCCUACACUCGGGGAGCGUCAAGACAGGCAGUGAUGGCAAUGAGGUUGAAGGGCCUCAAGGAGACUGGAUAACGAAGACGAUUGAGUAUACUGUCAGCGAUGCUCAGUCAAUGCAUGAUCAUGGGAAGGAAUGA